AUGAAGACUGAAGUACGUCACCCACCUGUGAAAGCAGUAAUUAAUGUAAGUAGCCGACAUCUAGAAAGCUCUGAAGAAGCAGUACUGAACAAAGAUCUCAACUUUGCGACAACCAUUAAGCACAUUCCAUACUUGGACAUAAUAGCCCCUAUUGAAGAGAUAGCCGGAAAGAUAACAAAAGCUCAGGGAGAUGAACUAAGGUGGAAAGUGAGACAGGUACUAGAAAAAGCGAAACUUCCCAAACCAAACAUCACUAAGGAAGAAAGGUUCGCUAUCAAAGGACUACAGAGUGACAAUUCCAUGAUAAUACUUCCAGCGGACAAGGGAAAUGCUACAGUGGUGAUGAACAAGUCUGACUACUCUGAAAAGUUGGCAAGUCUUAUAAGUGAUGGUAGCUACAGCAAAUUGAAGAAAGACCCAACUCUGAAAACAAAGACUAAAGCCUUACUAAACCUAAUCGAUUCUGCUCUAAUUGCCCUCUUGAGAGCAAACCACUAG